AUGUAGGGCAGCAUCACAAUCACCAAACCAUCAAGGAGUUUGGGUCUGGGGAUUCAACCCCCUAAGUCCCUCAGGAUAGCUGAAGGCAUAAAGAAGUCAUCUACUGGCCGAAUGAAAGCUAUUUCCCACAUCCUUGAAAGUGACGAUGGGCUACCAGGGAAGAUCAGGUGUGUAACACAGAGACUCCAGAAAACCUGAGCCUUCCGACUCCAGGUUGCCCAAUACUAAUAGCCAUACCUGCUCUAGGAAACAACCUUCCUAAUCUCUCUGGAAUGGCCGCACCGGUUCUGAGCAACCUUUGGAUCCAGCCUCCUUUCCCCCAUCUGCCUGCUCACUUGCUCGCAGGCAACGCCAGCCUGCAAAGUUUUGUGCCUCCGGGAGUGUCGCACCUCCAAACCAUCCAUGGGGAGCAACUGCAGCUAGCUAACCUGACACCCUGUAACCCUCCUGUCUCUACCUUUCCUCAGCCUUUCUACGCGCCUCUGCCACCUCAAUAUCAAACUCUUCCUGGCCCUGGAACCAUACAGAAGAUCCCCAGACCCUCCUAUCCCCAACAUCGGCUUUCAGGUCAUUCAGAGGCACAGGCCACCUCCGACGUGGGCCUUCAACUCGGACAGAGGUGGCCGCUCGAACUUCCUACCAGCCAACCAGCCUCUUUGCAAGAGAUCAGAGCCCCUGAAGAGGAACCACAGAAGGCCCAGUCUUACCAUCUUCCGGGAUCUCUUGAUCAGCCAAGAAGUAGCCUCCAUCAGUUUGUGGGCUCACCUUUGGCUCCUUCUUCAUCGUUACACUACGAUUUGGAGGACAUUCCUCACCUCCUUCCAGUGUUGGAAGUGGACCAAGAUCCAGGAGGACACCCGUCAGGUGCCAGUCUGAAGGCUGAGGUCCCACAGGCCUCUCGAGACCAAGAAGCAUCCGAGCCAGACCCUAGCAAAAAUUUUGGGCUGAAUGAUGGUGGUCAGUUCCAGACCUCCUCAAAAGGGAAAGGGAAAAGGAAGAUCCCUUGGACUGAAGAAGAGCCUCCAGCAAAAAAAACCAAAGAGGAGGAGAAAACUCAGCAUCAGAUGCCAUCUAAGGCCAGGGCAAAAGGGCCGCAGAGGAACAAACCUUGCAAACAUAUCUCUGCAAAGGGGGCAGCGGAUGCCUCGAAAUCCAAAAUCGCCCCUUGUGUUCUGGAGGCUCAAGAUCUCACCCAGGCAAAGAUGCCUCCUGAACUUCUGACUGGGCCUGAAGAGCCAAAGGCCGUGCUUCCUGAACUCCUUCCAGAGCAGCCAGCUGAAGAAGGCGACUCUUCUUCUUCCAGAGACUCCAAGACGGGCCAUGCCUCUUGCGCCGUGGAGAAGAGCCAGCCUAGAAGCCAAGACAAGCAGGAAGCAAGGAAAAACGUGAGCCUGUGUGGCACCAAAAGCAAGAAGUGCUGCCCCAAAAGAGAAGCGGAAGGAGCCCCAAAGCCAACCCCAAAGACCAACCUGGCUUUCAAACUGAUGGAGUCCGUACAAGUCUUUCACCCACUGGGCAAGCAGACCGUUCCAACUCUGCCGAGCAAGAAAGGCCAUUCCGUUCCACCGGUUCCAAACCAUCUUAUCACGGAGGCCAACCUUUUGCCUAAACCAGCAUCUUAUCCAUCUUCCCAACCUCUGACCACUGCACCCAAGCCGCCACUGCACUUCCUACCAGCCUCCCAGCUGCAUCUCCAAUGCAAGCCACCAGCAGCCUCCAUGUCAAAAUUACCUUCACACCCUCCAUCCAAACCGUCACCCCAGCAUCUGCCUAAGCCACAGUCACAGCCCUGGCAAAAACGGUCGUUAAUCCCUGUGCCUACUCAGCACCCAAAGCUCCUGGGGAAGCAGGUGCCCCCUGCCACGAUCCCACCUGCCCCAAAGACCUGGGAUUCCGGAUUUCCAUGCAGCAGAGACUGGAGAACCCAGACUGCAGCUGCCGGGAAAACCACCAGUCUGGGCUCGAAGGCAGCUGGCUUAAGACCAAAUGUUGGGCGCUCCGGCAACAUUGCAGCACCAGCCAAAGUCCCGGUGCCUAAAGGUCCAUCUUCAUCGCCACCGUAUAAAGGGGACAUGUUCAGACCCUGGAGAAUGCCGCCCCCCGACCUGGAGGUCUCGCAACCCAUCACGGACGAGCAAAGGCCCAUUCGGGAGAUGAUGAAGCGAGAAGCCCAGAUGGAGAGGGAGGAAGCAGCCUGCUGGACUUCGCUGGGGAGGAUAAAGAUCUUUGAGGAGCGGGAGAAAGAAAUGGACAUCUCCCUCUAUUACGGUUAUCCCAGCUUCGGCUGUCCUUGGAGAACGUCCACUUGGGCUUGUCCAUCUGGAAGGUUGCAGGCUGGGAACGUGCGACCACAUUUGGGGUCGGAGUUUCGAUCAUCGAGAGACUGAUGCGGUUGUAAACCAAGAUCUCACAUGACCAUAUCAAUUAGCAAUAACAAUCCCAGCAAUCAUGGUUGUGGUCCUUCAUGGAGAAUAAAAGGUUGUUAAGGAAGUGCCCACCCCAAA